GGUCACUUGCAAGAUGGAAGAAGUUGAAGCUAAAAGAGCUAAGGUCAUAGAGCGAGUCAUGGCAAGGUUGGGACUAGACCCCAGGACUCCUGGGUCCUGAUCCAAAUCUCUUCUCCCAGCACCUGCUAUGUCUAAUGCUUGCAUAUUAUGACCGUUACUUCCAAGUUGCUCUCUUUUUGGCCGAGGAGGGGAGGGCAUUUCUCUGCUCUCCUGCCUGGCAGUUGGCAUUACUGCUGCUGCUGGUGCUGCUGCUUGCUGGAUGGUUGGAUGGCUGAUGGAGAGAUUAUUUCUAAGCUCUUCCCAUUCUCUCCCCCCUUGCCUGCCAGGACCACACUGACUGUCCCUUCGGGAGUCAGAGCCGAGUGAGGAAGCAGGGCAGGUUCUGCUACCUCAUUGAGCUAGGAAGCCCAGGCAGCCAGUCCCCUUCCAGAAAGGGGCACUUGCAGGUACCUUUGCAAGCCCAGAGCUUUCUGAGGCACAGAAUGAAUGGACUGAUCCUCCCUGGAAGAGCAAAGGCAAGCAGAGAAACUGAAACUUAACUGCCCAAAACCAGCUUUUCUUCCCCCUUCUUCCUUCCCUCUUCACUACAUCCCUACAUGUCUAUUCCCUGGGAAAUGAGGAAUGUACUGUCUUCUCAGGGAGGCGGCUGAGCACCUGGAAACAAUCCCCCCACCUCAGGAUGACAAGCCCACUCUAAUCCAUUGUGGUGGCUUCCCAGAAUCCCUCGGAGAUGCCGAUGUUUUCCAGACGUGGGGACAGCGAGGGUAACCACCGCUACGCUUCCUGUAGCACUCUGGGUCAGUUCUCACCCAGUUCGGUCCGGGCUUCUUCCAUCAAAGGGCUUUAUUACCAAAGGGCCCGGAAAGUCGUCCAUCCAGACCAGUUCCUGACCGUUGACCUUAAAAGGGAGAUCAUCGUCAACGUGGGUGGGAACAAGUACCUUCUCCCCUGGAGCACGCUGGACGAGUUCCCCCUGACCCGGCUGAGCCGGCUGAAAUUCUGCCGGAACGUGGAGGAGAUCGCCGAGCUCUGCGACGACUACGACGAAGACAGCCAGGAGUUUUUCUUCGACAGGAGCCCCAGCGCUUUCGGGAUGAUCGUCAGCUUUCUGGCGGCCGGGAAGCUGGUGCUUCUGCGGGAGAUGUGCGCCCUGUCUUUUAAGGAGGAGCUGAGAUACUGGGGGAUCGAGGAGUCCAACCUGGAGAAGUGCUGCUUGCGCAAGCUCCGGCAGAAGCUGGAAGAGCUGGCCGAGAUCCAGAAGGAAGAGGAGCUGCACCGGCAGAAGGAGGCCACCGGCGUCUGCACGGAGGACACCCGAUGGGGGCUCUUCAUGAGCCACCUCCGCGACAUGGUGGAGAACCCGCAGUCGGGCCUUCCCGGGAAGGUGUUCGCCUGCCUCUCGGUCCUCUUCGUGGCCACGACGGCCAUAAGUCUCUGUGUCAGCACCAUGCCGGACCUGAGGGCCGAAGAAGACAGGGUGAGUCCCCUUCGCCUCUCCGGCGGCCGACUUCGGCUUAGCCGUGAUGCAGAUAGGCUUGUGGGUCCCACGCCUUGGGGUGGUCACGGGAGAUUCGCUUAGAACUCAGCCAAACCAACCAUCUCACACUAUCCAACAGAGUAUAGCAAGCGAUAGUUUCCCUGGCAGACCUGGGAGGAACAUUGGGACAUGGAAGUCAGGGCUGGGAGGG